GGUUUCAGGUUAUGAGACAACAUUGUUUGGCUACAAAUCAAGACUUCAGCCUUUAAUUAAAAGUGUAGCAAAGAACAGUGAAGAGUAUUUUGAAAUUGUUUCAUUUGGGCAUUUGAUGUAUGAAAUGGCUGCUGGAACGGAACUCAAGUCAUCUAAUYCUAAUGAGGAAGAUUUGAAAAAAUGUCGUUCAGAACAUGUUGCUGAGGUGAUCAGAUAUAUUUUUGCUAAUGAGAAGGAAUCAUUUCCAUAUUUAGAAGAGAUAGCAUGCCAUUCCUUCUUUAAGAACGCGGAUGUUAGUGAACUGAAUCAGAUUAAGAGAAAUAAGACAAAAUUGACUUCAAACAUAAAAUCCUUACUCAAACUUUAUCGAAAAGAAAAUGACAGCACGCAAAGACGUCGUCGCAAGAGCGAAAGGAAAAAGUCUCGAGGGGAGAGUGAAAGCGAAGUCAAAARGGAACGGACGAAAUCAAGGUCAAAAUCAAAGAAAAGUUCAGUUGAUGUUCCAGAACCUCUCGUGGUUUUCAGUCCAACACCAGCCCCGCCCGUCCCCCCACCGCCAGUCUUUGGAGCUCCACCACCCCCGCCCCCACCCCAGAAUCUUUCAAAGGCAUCCCGCCCUGAAGUGGGCUUUGAAAGGCCGUCUGCAUCGGCUGGUCGAUCUUCGUUGUUGGCUGCAAUUCGUAAAGGAAAAAGUCUUAAAAAGACAAAGGCUGUCAASGACAGGAGCGCCCCUAAGAUCAGUUGAAACUGCAAUCUCUUUAAACAGCAGCCAUCUCAUGGCAUCAUGCUUGGUUUAAAAUUUUUCUUACAGGGUAUUGACAAUUGACAAUAAGUCCAACUAAUGAUCUUUGCAAUGCUUAUAAUUAAUUAUAAUAGUAUACAUGCCGGAUUCUYGUGCAAAGAAAAGCAAAUCAUUUAGUUGGUUAAUAACUUGGUUCGCGAUACCGCGAUAUAUUUUUUCCAAGAUGUUUUUAUGAAUGUGUUUCUAAAACCCUAAAAUUUGUAGAUUUUGAUGAUUUAUCACAUUGRAGGACAUCUCAUGGACGUUGUCAAAAUAAACAUAUAAAUAAACAAAUAACUGUAUUAACAAAGAACCAAGAACGCUUACAAAAACACAUCGCAUGGGUAUCCCAUCCAACACUCCGGGCUCAGCUUUUUUUCUUUUUUAAAUUUAUUGCUCGGUUUCAAAUUUUAAAUUAUUAUAUUUUCCACAUUCAAAAGUCAUAAUUUAACGUUUUAAGAGACACUUUUGGCUUAGACAAUAUAAUGUCCUUCUAUAUUCCGUUUUCUGUAGAUGUAUUCAUGAUAAUUAAUUGGUUUUAAUAGAAUAUCAUCAAUUGUCGUGGCAACGUUGCCUUGUCGCCUGUAUGAAAAAUAUUUUGAAAGAAAUAGAAAUAAAUUCACCSUCUCAAAAA